AUGGAACAACUACACAAAGUACACGCUGGUUCCUGGGAUUGCAAUGUUCGCUGUUGGGAAGUCGAGCAAUCUGGCAAGACGGUACCUAAAUCAAUGCAAAGCAUGGCAGCUCCGGUCUUGGAUGUAUGUUGGAGCGAUGAUGGAACCAAGGUGUUUAUGGCAGGAUGUGACAAAACAGCAAAAUGUUGGGAUCUGGCCACAAAUCAGAGCAUGCAAGUGGCAGCGCAUGAUGCACCUAUUAGAACUUGUCAUUGGAUAAAGGCAUCUACAUAUUCAUGUCUAAUGACUGGUUCCUGGGAUAAAACGCUAAGAUUUUGGGAUUUGCGUAGUCCUAAACCUGCAAUGACUAUCAAUCUACCUGAAAGAUGUUAUUGCGCCGAUGUGGAUUAUCCAAUGGCAGUUGUGGAAACAGCUGCACGUGGAUUAAUAGUCUACCAACUGGAAGACAGCCCACGCGAAUACAAACCAGUUGAACUGAGCUUGAAGUAUCAAUAUCGUUGUGUAGCAAUUUUCAGAGACAAGAAGAAAGUUCCGACCGGUUUCGCGAUUGGAAGCACAGAGGGACGCGUAGCGAUUCAUCAUCUCAAUCUUAGUACGAAAGAAAAUUUCACAUUUAAAUAUCAUAGAACUAAUGGUACACCAAAUAGAUAUCAAGAUAUUUAUGCGGUUAAUGAUAUAGCAUUCCAUCCAGUACACGGCACUGUAGCAACUGUAGGUGGUGAUGGCACUUUCGGUUUCUGGGAUAAAGAUGCACGUACAAAGUUAAAAUCAUCUGAAACAAUGGAGCAACCUAUCACACAUUGCUGUUUUAAUCACAAUGGACAGAUAUUUGCAUAUGCUGUUUCUUACGAUUGGUCUAAGGGACAUGAAUACUAUAAUCCAGCAAAGAAGAAUCAGAUAUUUUUGAGACCGUAUUACGAUGAAUUGAAACCGAAAGCCAUAGGCUUGUUGAAUCCCGAGGUGAAAUUUUCACCGGACAAUGAAUUCAAAUAUAAUCGCGAGAACUUACACUUUUCAAUAGAUACAUAAUGUUUUAUUGUUUUUUUUUCUUACUUAUUAAAAUUGUUAAAAUAUUUAAAAUUAAUUAACACAUAGUGCGUUUUACUAUAUAAUCUGCACAUAUGCAAUUUUGUAUGUGCAGAUUAUACAGAAUUGAUAUAGUUUGCUACAUGAACAAUGUUUGAAUAAUAUUACAAUAUCUAAUUUCAUUAUAAUAUGUUUAAUUUGCAGAAUGUUGACAAGUAUAAUUCUUUUUUUAUAAAAUAAGCUAAUAUUGA